AUGACGUCCUUGACUGCACUGCAUGCAUGCAUCACCCACCCAAAGAUGCAGAGCGAGGCUUCCUCCUCGACUGACGCUGCAAGCAACGCAGGCGGCUUCAACAUAUUUGUGUCAUUCGAAAAGCGGACAUGGUUGCUCGUUACCUCAUACUGUGACUUCAUCGACCAGUUCCUCAAAUUGUUUGACGUGGGAAAGCUGAAGGCCGUUGUCCAGAAGAUUGCUGACAACGUGGGGUCUAACGGCACCGAGGCCGCUUGUGAGACGGAGUGCACAGCCAUCCUGAUGCACAAUGCGCUCCUCUCCAGCGGCUGCGACCUCAUCUGCAGAUCACUCCAGUCCCUUGUCAAGCAGUUCCACAUCGUCUAGAAAAAGUGAUGUAAAAUACUAAUCAGGAAAUAAACGUGUUUUUGGCAUAA